CGAACUCAAACAGUCUCUAAAAGCUAGUCAGUGCAGAAAUCUCUGAGACUCAAAAUUUUAAUCUCUACCUAUCUACAGAUUGGGUGAAAUCUUCGUGGUCGAUCUUGAAAAGGAAAAUUCGUGGGUCGAAGUCCAAAUAUUUUCCAGAACUUGUUAAUCUUCAGAUUGGAUCUUUUUGCGUUUCUGGGUUUGUUUUCAAAUUGUCUCUGCUUUAAUAUUCAGCCGCAAGCUUAUACCCUGAAAGAGGUAUUGAGUGAUUGCCCAUUAGUUGGUCUAAUCUGUUUUUGGGCAUUAUGGGAUUCUCAAGAUACAAUCUGUUUGAUUGGUGAGGAAAUGGAGGAAAAUGAAAGAAAUUGUGAAUCUUAAAACUUUCCAGCGUUUUUGGUGUUGGUGGUGGAAAAACCCUCUCUGAUAAACCAACUAGUUGUAUCAGGAUUGGAAAACACUGGUUGUCUCGAUGUUGGUAAUUGGAAAACACAGCUGAGAUAUAUGGCCUCUUAGUUGAGUGUCAGGAUUGAAAGCUUUUAGUUUCUGAUCUGUUCUUGCUUUUUGUGUGUGUGUGUGUGUGUGUGUGUGUGUGUGUGUGUGUGUGUGUGUAAAAAACCGAAUUGAACUUUAGGGUAAUCUGAUUGAGUGUGGAAAGAUGGAUAGUUCAGGUUUGGGAGGUGGUUUUUUGUCUGGUCCCAGUGGGGGGAUACUAGACCUUGAAUCGUCCAUUCCAAGACGCCAAGAGAUACAAUUGGGUCAUCCGUUGUUAGCACAUCAUCAACAUCACAUGAAUGUGAUGAGUGGCGUUAAAGGUGAUCAUGAUCCCAUUGGGCUUGUGGAAGUGAAAGGGUCAAUCCCAAAAGUUUGUUCGACUACUGUCAAAGGGAAGGCAGUGGCACCUUUUAAUGCCAAUAAUGGUUACAAUUUGAGUGAUGAAGACGAGCCAAGUUAUACAGAUGAUGGUGGCGAGAACUUUGAAGGGGCCAAGGGCAAAAAGGGAUCUCCAUGGCAGCGAAUGAAGUGGACUGAUAAUGUGGUUAGGCUUCUUAUAGCUAUUGUUGCUUGCGUGGGUGAUGAUGGUACGCUUGAAAGUGGCGAGGGGCUUAAGAGGAAAUCUGGGAUUUUACAGAAGAAGGGUAAGUGGAAGACUGUAUCGAAAAUAAUGAUUAGUAAAGGUUGUCACGUGUCUCCUCAGCAGUGUGAGGACAAGUUUAAUGACUUGAACAAGAGGUAUAAGAGGUUGAAUGAUAUUCUUGGGAGGGGAACUAGUUGUAGAGUGGUGGAGAAUCCUGCUCUUAUGGACUCAAUGCCCCACCUGUCUGCCAAGGCGAAGGAUGACGUUAGAAAGAUAUUGAGCUCAAAACACUUGUUUUAUAAAGAAAUGUGUGCUUAUCAUAAUGGACAGAGGAUACCUGAUUGCCAUGAUCUCGAUCUCCAAGGUUAUUCUUUACCUCUUGGGAGGGGCUCAAAAGACAAUAAUGGAUCCGAUGAAGAAGAGGCUGAAGAAAACCAUGAUACCGAGGAUGAUGAAUUAGACAACGAAGAUGAUAAUGAUGCAGAUAAUGAUAGGGAGAGGAUGAGAAGAAUGGGUGACAGGAAGAAGGCUAGUGAAGAGGAUGUCCAUUUCUGGCCACAAUAUGUUCUGGAUAGUUUUGAAGUUGAAAUGGGUGAGAUUUUUCAAGACCCAACAAAGUCAUUAUGGGAGCGAAGAGACUGGAUCAAGAAACAGAAGUUGCAACUCCAAGAGCAAAGAGUCGGCUUCCAGGCCGAAGCUUUGGAGCUUGAAAAGCAGAGGUAUAAAUGGCUAAGAUACUGUAGCAAGAAAGACAGGGAACUGGAGAGGUUGAGGCUGGAGAAUGAGAGAAUGAAGCUAGAGAAUGAGAGAAAGUUACUGCACCUGAGACAGAAGGAACUGGAAAUAGAUUUGAGGAGGUCAGAUGCUUCCUUGGAGCCUUCAUCUCUUGGGCUAGGAAGAGAUCAGAUUGAUUUGGGCAGGCAUCAAUAGCUUCUGAGCUCAAGUACUGUCUGUGCAAUAUUGGAGCGUGGUUGACAUUCGGCAAAGAAGACCUUCAAGCUCAAAGCUUUGUGAGCCCCAUCGCUCGACUGUUUUUUUUUUUUUAGGUCAAACACCCAUUGUCGAGUUAGUUUUAGAAAUUGUUGAGACUUUUGUUGAUUGUUGGAUGCUUUACUGUAAAGAUGCAAGUUGGUGUUUCGACCGAAAAAAGAAAAAGGAUGUAACAUCAUGUAAGUUAGUACUGUAUUUUUCCAUUUUUUGAAGGCAUAUAGUAGGUGUUGUUUAUAUAUGGUUUAGUCUUCAAAAACAUUUGCCAACGUGGGUUAUGGAAAUAAAAAUGAAUGAUGCAGUCCUCUGAUCCUUUUAGCC